AUGGACUUUGAGGUCUCCCUGGAGAACGAGCAGCAAUUUUGGGACGAAAUCCAAGAUAUCGUUUCCUCCCCUUGCUCCUCGGAAGACCACAUCGACAAUGCCCUCCGAUCUUAUCUGAGCCUGGCUACGAAGUAUAAAGGUCCGUGGUGGUAUAAUCGAUUAGAUGAUUAUCUUCAAUCCGAGUUGGAUGUCACACGAUGCUCGUAUAAAUUGCUGGCGUCGAAUAUCUUCGUCGCUCAUACGGACUAUGUUCGGAGGCAGAUGCUCUAUGGAUUGCUGCAGGAUGACGACCCAGCAACUCUUCACCUGAUCGGUUCAUUUUUGCUCUUCGACGGUCAGCAGCAUGAUGUGACUUUUAGGAUGAUGAAUGAGGAGGGCCUGUUUCCCCGGUUAUUGGAGCUUUUGCAGGCCCGGAAUAGAAAAGAGGAAGAGGGGGUUCCGGCUGGGCUGCAUCGACUGCUGAUGGAUAUAAUGUACGAGAUGUCGAGGAUUCAGAGGAUCAAAAUUGAGGAUCUGGUUCUCGUGGAUGACGAAUUCGUCAAGGGCCUCUUUGACAUUAUUGAGGACCUCUCCUACGAUGUCAAUGAUCCUUAUCAUUAUCCGGUGAUUCGUGUUUUGCUGGUUUUGAACGAGCAAUUCAUGAUUUCGGCGCAUGAUCCGGUCGAUGAAAAUGCUCUCAUGAAUGGCUUGACGAACAAGAUCAUCAAGAUCCUGUCGGUGCACGGCAAUCUAUACAAGACUUUCGGGGAGAAUAUCAUCUUGUUGAUCAAUCGCGAAGCGGAAACGUCGCUCCAGCUUCUGACACUCAAACUCUUAUACCUCAUUUUCACUACCCCAAGCACCUACGAAUACUUUUUCACAAACGACCUGCACGUCCUAGUCGAUAUUCUGAUCCGAAAUCUUCUGGACUUGCCUGAGGAAGCCUCCGCUCUCCGACACACUUACUUGCGCGUUCUUUAUCCACUUCUGGCUCACACGCAGCUCAAAAACCCCCCAUUCUACAAGCGGGGUGAACUCAAGCAAGUUCUCCGACUUCUCGUCCACGGCCAACUGUCUGAUGGCGGCCCUGAUCGUGAGAAGAUCAUGCACUUUGACGAGGUGGACGAGACGACGCGAAGACUGGUUCUUCGCUGCGCAACCGUCGAAUGGUUACAGGACCCAGAGCCGGAGAAACUGUCCCACGAUGACGAUGCGGCGCCGGCAUUCCCGGUCUCAGAUGGUGUACCUCCCGACGUUGAAUUCGGAGUUCCAUUGGAGACUUCUCGGACCCUUUCACCCACCAGCACGGUGGACAGCUCGCCCGGGAACCUGUCGCCCACCAGACUGGACGGCCCAGGCUCCGGCUCAUGCAAUGUAGAUGCACACCGCAAGCUCAGCCAAGCGCAACGGCUAGGCAUGCACCUCGAGCCCGCGUCGUCGUCCUCCCUCAGUGUCCAAGAAGUAGCAUCACAACACGUGAAGCCUGGUGUCAUGACACCCAGCCGCAAUGAUGUCCGUGUGGCCACAGACAGCCCAACGAGCCCGUCAAAGGUGCCAGGCAAGCCCAAGAUCAAGCCGCUCCCUCCAAGAACAAGACGUUGGCGCGGCAGGCGAGAGGACGAGCAGGCAGACAGGAUCCCCGAAGACGCACAGUCCCAACAUACGAGUCCCCUCAUUCCACACGCAUCAAUAGUCGCCGUCAACCACGUCGAACGAGCAUACUCCACCAACACAAUACCACCGCCCGUUGCAGGUCACACACGCCGCUCUGCCUCCAACCCACCCCCAGCCGUUCCUCCACCCAGACGCUCAACAGUCCCUCACGUCCACGCAGGUCAUCACAUUAUUCCUGUCACCAGCCACUGCACUCCGCUUACCAGCCCAUCCCGACCUCCACAACAGCAGCAUCACCACAGUGCCAGCUCUCCCAGUACACCAAGCGCCGUUCCGCCUUCCCAACCACCCACCAGCACUAGCGCCAGCACCCUUCAUCCCCCAAAGCACGGGCAAAAACCGGAACCCCCUAAAACCCGCCGUCAAGGCCGCGCUAGACACGGUCCGACUGACGGCUCGGAUAAAUCCCCCCACACGCCAGACUCUCCAGCAGAGCAUCUCGACAGCGACCAACAGCAGCAACAAAAUGGCCACGCGGGCAGUGAAACCAAGUCCGAUGCUACCGUGAGUGUGGAAGAAGCCUUGCAGAAUGUUUCUCUCGGUGAUUGA